AUGACUUUCGCUGAUUCUAUGGAUGGACGUAGACGAACCCCAAACAUGAAUGGUUUCAAACAGAACUCAACGGCGGCUCCAUUCCGUAAUCCACUCGUUCCAAAAAACAAUCUUGACUACUGGCAAAAAGCGAAGGAUCAGCAGGGCGUGACCUACUACUGGAAUCCGUCUGCAAAUCCCUAUUACGGUAUGGACAGUAUCUAUGCACAACAGAAACCACGAUCGCAACGACCGCAACCGUUUCCGCUGUCGAUUCCGCCACAGCCAGCGCAGAUCAAACCGAGGGCACCUACAGUAUCGUCUACUAUUCCCAUUUAUCACAAUGUACCGACCACAGCCAUUCCGAAGGACGAGAAUCGACCCUCCUCUGCGGGCGAGAAACGACCAGCCCGACAAAAACCACGAUGGGGCAGAUUUGUGCAGAGUCUAUGUUGCUGCGUCGCUCCGCAGGCGGAGAUCGGUAUUGCACAUGUCCCUUUGCUGAGCGUGAUUCAAACUGAUAUAAUUGAUGCAUUAAUGCUAACGUUCUGGAAGCUGUCAGUUGUCUAG